AGAAAAUCUUAUUUCAUGAUCAGAAGACUUGUAACACCUGUCAUACAACAUCAAUUUGCCUGGAGCAUUCUUUUCUUCUCUUCCUAUAAAUACAGACCCAACACGCACCUGAGCACACAUCGCCCAUUUCCGCACCAGAACAGUCUCACCACAUCCUCAGACACCAUGAGUGACACAGAGAAAGAGCACAAGGAGAAGGAGGAGAAGAAAGAGAAGAAGGAACACGGAGAGGGAUCCGAGUCUGGAUCAGAAUCCGGAUCAUGCGAGGAGGGAUCCGGAGGAGAAGGAAAGGGGAAAAAGAAGCAUGGGAAAAAGGGAGGAAAAGGUCAUGGGCAUGGUCAUGGUCAUGGACACGGUCAUGGACACGGCAAAGGGGACGAUUAAAGUGGUGCUCCGCAUCUGUAGUAAUUACUGAUGUCAAUAAAUGAUGUUAAAAAUUA